GGUACGGCGCCCGCUGCCAGAGCUGUAGCCCGGGGCCGACCGGGCCCCGGCGAAGUUAGCGUGGCGCGUCCCGGGGCGGGGCCGGCGGCGGGGCCGGUUGCGGGCCGUCCUGCCGCCCCUCCGCCUUCCCCCGGCGUGCCCCCUCCGCCCGCGGCCCCCCCCCGGCGCGGCGCGGGUACCGCCCCCGCGGGCUCGGCGCAGGCGUGGGCCGCGGAGCCGACGGGACGGGAGGGUCAGUGCGGGGCGCGGGCGCUGUUCCGAGCGGCCGUGGCCGAGCGGAGCGGGAGGUUGCCCGGCCGCCGCCGCCUCCUCUCAUGCCUUCGCGGCAACAAAGGACGCGCUGAGCGGCAGGCGGAGGCGCCUGCCCCAGGCUGUGCCGGCGCGGAGGGCACCGGGAGACGAUGGCGAGGAAAGGAGAAACCUCCGCGCCUCUCUACGGUGAACCAAGGAAAUUUGACCCAAAGUUCAGAGGACCUAUUCAUAACAGGCACUGUACAGACGUUAUUUGCUGUGUGAUCUUCAUAGUCGUCAUUCUGGGUUACAUUGCAUUGGGAAUUGUGGCUUGGGUGCACGGCGACCCCAGGAAAGUAAUUUAUCCAACUGACAGCUAUGGACAGUUUUGUGGUCAGAAAGACACCCUCAAUGAGAACAAGACCGUUUUGUUUUACUUUAACAUUCUGAAAUGUGCCAGCCCCAUAGUGUUAAUAAACCUACAGUGCCCUACAACACAGCUUUGUGUCUCAAAGUGCCCAGACAGGUUUGCAACCUACAUUGAUGUUCAAGCUUCCUACAGAUAUAAACCAGAUCAGUGGAAUUACUUCAAGCAGUUCUGCAAACCUGGUUUUAACAAUCCUCGCAAGUCUGUUGCUCAAGUCCUACGUGAUGAAGAUUGUCCUUCGAUGAUCAUUCCAAGCAGGCCUUUUCUUAAGAGAUGCUUCCCAGACUUCUCCACGAAGAAUGGUGUGCUAACUGUGGCAAAUCAGACUACGUUCAAAGAUGGAAGAGGGAAAACAAGAAAUGUAACUGAUCUCAGGGAAGCUGCAAACGGCAUCAAUAAUGUCCUGGAUGCAAGAUCAUUUGGAAUGAAAAUUUUUGAAGACUAUGCCAUUUCUUGGUAUUGGAUUUUAAUUGGGCUGUUCGUUGCAAUGAUUGUGAGUCUGCUCUUCCUUGUGUUACUGAGGUUCACAGCUGGGGUUCUCUUCUGGAUUUUCAUCUUUGGUGUGAUUGGAAUUAUCGGUUAUGGCAUCUGGCAUUGUUACUGGGAGUAUGAUCAUCUUAAAGGAAUACCUGGAUCUGACCUUACUGUUUACGAUAUUGGAUUCCAGACAGACUUCAGAGUGUACCUGCAAUUGAGGCAAACAUGGUUAGCAUUUAUGAUAAUACUUUGUGUUGUUGAGGUCAUAAUCAUACUGAUGCUGAUCUUCCUAAGGAAUCGGAUCCGGAUUGCUAUUGCGCUGUUGAAGGAAGGUAGUAGGGCUAUUGGCUACAUAAUGUCUACGUUGUUCUACCCAAUCGUCACCUUUAUACUCAUUGCAAUUUGUAUUUCUUACUGGGCUGUGACAGCUGUUUUUCUGGCUACAUCAGGAGAACCUGUGUAUAAAGUAAUGGCUAAUCAAACACUCUGCAAGUAUGCAAACCUGACUUGUGAUCCAGAGACUUUUAACACAACCAAUGUGACUAAAGUAUGUCUGGGUGCUCAGUGUACUUUUGCUUUUUAUGGAGGAGAAAGCCUGUACCAUAAGUACAUCUUCAUCUUCCAGUUGGCCAAUGCUUUUGUCUUUCUCUGGCUGGUGAACUUUGCAAUUGCACUGGGUCAGUGUACCCUUGCUGGUGCCUUUGCCUCUUAUUACUGGGCCUCUCGAAAACCAGCUGAUAUUCCACUGUGGCCGCUCUUCUCUUCAUUUGGACGAGCAAUACGAUACCAUACAGGUUCACUGGCCUUUGGAGCCUUAAUUCUUGCAGUUGUCCAGCUUAUUAGAGUAAUACUGGAGUACUUGGAUCACAAACUGAAAGGUACACAGAACUCCUUCACUAGAUUUCUACUCUGCUGCCUCAAAUGCUGUUUCUGGUGUUUGGAAAAAUUCUUAAAAUUUAUAAACAGAAAUGCCUACAUCAUGAUUGCCAUAUAUGGUAAAAACUUCUGCACCUCGGCAAAGGAAGCAUUCUUUCUGCUCAUGCGGAAUGUGGUGAGAGUUGCAGUUCUGGACAAAGUGACAGACUUCCUUUUAUUCCUGGGGAAAAUUCUUGUUGCUGGUGGUGUAGGUGUUCUUGCGUUCUUUUUCUUCACACAGAGAAUACCAGUCUUUGCACAGGAAGCACCAACGUUAAAUUACUACUGGGUACCAUUGUUGACGGUCAUUAUUGGCUCCUACCUAGUUGCACAUGCGUUCUUCAGCGUCUAUGCAAUGUGUGUUGACACGCUUUUCCUCUGCUUUUGUGAAGAUCUGGAAAGAAAUGAUGGAUCUACAGCAAAACCCUACUUCAUGUCAGCUAGCCUUCACCAAAUUCUAGGGAAGAAGGAACUAAGCCCUAAGAAGGCAGUGGGAUAACAUAAACUAAGCCUCGACAUCAAAACAGUGUCACUUUUAAAACGUGUACAAAGUAGGCAAAAGUAAAAAAUGUAAAUUAUGCUUCUGAUUAAUGGGUGAUUCUUUUUUCCUUUUGCUUAUAUCUAAAAAAGUGAGCAACAUUGAUAAUGUUAACUAGUUUAAAUGCUUAAACUAACAGCUGUGAAGACAAGGCCACGUUUUAGUUUAUAGAGUGCCUAUGAAAAGGAAAAAGUAAAUUUGAAGCUUUUUUAAGUCUAUAAUAAUGUUUUAAUAACUUUUGUAACACAAGUUGCUGCCUUAGAUGACAGCAGUUUUGAUAAUGUUUCUUUUUAUAAGUGUAUAUUUGUAAAAGAAAUUCAGGCAAUUUUUUGAAAGCACUAACAUGUAACCUAAUUAGCCAUAAAAAGAUAGUUCAAGACUCUCUAGUUAACCAGGAGAUGGUACUAAAUUUGUAAAUAUGGUGCUAUGAUUGUAUUUUUUUGUACAAGCUGGUUCACAGCUAUUUAAACUGUGAUUAUACAUUCAUUAAUUAUUCCCUACACUGAAAAAUGUAGUGAUAUUUUAAUCACAUCCACAACUACAUCUUUUAAGAAAUGAUGGUACCCUGCAGGUCCAAAGAUGGUAGUCAGAGAAGACUAUAGCUGGUACUGCCUAAAGUGAAGUUUUCUGUGCGUUGUGCUUAAAAUGUAACUGAGAGAAGGUCCCACUGCACUUGAUUUGUGGUUCACACAAAUGAGGUUUCAUCUGGUACAAGAUGGUGAAUGUAUCAUUUUUAGCUGAUGUCUGAGAGAGAUGCACUUGUGUUAAUAUCCCCCUAUCUCUAAUGAGUCUCUGAUUGUGUUCUGCAUUACGAGGAAGUUGAGCUUCACUGAAAAGAAAAUCAAAUGCAGUCUUUUUUUUUUUUCCCUUGGAAGAAAGUCUUGGCCGUAUAUGUGUACAAGGAGCUCCACUGCCUCUGCCUAGCUCGGGAGUGCUUCUUAACAAGACACUGUGAUGACCAUGUCGGUGCUGAGGGCCAGGUGGGCUCUUCUUGUGGGUCUCGAGGCUCUCAGUGGCUCUCACAGUAAGGUGUUAAGACAUUGAACUUGAGUCUUCUCAUGAUGCAGGGUGAACUAUUUGGCUACUGAGAGAUGCUCCAAAAGAUUUAGUUUUCUUUUGGAUUAUUAGAUUUGCCCGGUCAUUAGUACAAAAUCUAUUGGUAGAAAGCACAUUAACAUUUUGUUCAGUUUUAUGACCCUCCUGUUAGCAGAACUGCCACUGAGGUCAGUAACAGCUCUGCUCAUGGAAAAAAUCUUACACUGGAGUAGCUCUCAAGUCUGUUACUGCUAUGAGCUGAGCCAGAAAGGUUUUAAUUUGUUAGUCUCAUGGGUCCCCAAGGACACAACUCUACCAAGGCCUGCCUCCGGUUUUCAUGGAUUCGACUGUACUGAAUAAGGUAUUCCAUUACUGUUGGCUUUCCAGGAGUGGCACGUGCCAUACCUCUGCCGGGUCUGUCACGGGCGUUCAGCACCUGGAAAUACUUUUUUAGCCCCAGGAGUCCAUUAGUGUCACAAAGAGAAAGGCAUAUUCUUUUCCAGAUAAUCUGAAUGCAAGCUUCUGGGGAAAAUUUACUGACGAUCCACAUCCCAAAGUGAGUUUGCUUUCUAAAUUAGGCUCCAGCUUGUGACAGCUGUAACCGCUACAAAGGCAGAAAAGCUGUUCUUGGUGCAGCAGCUCCAGGGUCAUGUUGAUGCACAAGUAAUUACCAUCUGUGCAUCUGCAGUCAUGGGCAUAGUGCGAUCUUGAAAUCCGGUGAACCGAGGUGCAAGUGGCAGGGGUAGCUGUACGUGUUCCCUGAGAGCCAGCGGGCGCCUUUCCCUGAGGCAGAAAUGAGUGGUUCAGUUUAGGACUCAAACAAGGUAAAAUAAAGGUGUGCAGUUUCAAAUGUAACUACUGAUCAUGGGCAUCUUCUGUUUUUGACAACUCCUCGUGAGAUACCCCAGAGUAAACUUGACUUUCAGAAAGGGCUGACUAACCUACCUUUGGAAAAAAUCAGACUUGACUGAUGUUUUUCAUCAUCGUCAUCAUUCCUUUCUCGUUAACAUGCGUGGCACUGGAUGUAGACACACGCACCCCCCAUUAUUCUAAUCUCUUCUGAGAAUUAAGUCCAUGAGUUUUUGGGGUAUGUGUUGUGUCACCGUUCUGUGAUUUAAAAGCUGCUGGUCUGAAUUACCACCAUGUGCUAAAGCUUUUUUUUUUUUUUUUUCUCCUACUACUGUGUGAUUAGUUUGCAGCUAAAGAAACUGCAUUAAGUAAUCUAUAUUUCUACUGGACUUGAGUGUCUUACUGGGAGCUCAACUGAUAAAAGUGUAUUUCUGAAUACAGUGUGCUUUUUUUAUCAUAUGAAUGUAACCAUAGAAUUUACUAGGAAUAAAACAUAAUAGAAAUAGUAUACAGUUAUUUGAUUAGAAGACUUUUGUAACAAACCUAUGCAUUUACUAAAGGAAUUUCUAAAAUUGAAAGUUUUAAAUUGUAUUAUUAUUUAUAUAAGUAAAAAUAUAUAUAUGUAUAAAUUUGCUCCACUCGCUAUUUUGUGAAAUGAUUUAGAAUGUAAGUGAUCAUCAUUUCUGAGAAGAAAAUUUAAAAGCCAUUUUCUUAAUGAGAACUGUGAAAAUACAAAGCAAUAUCAUGUAGAUUUUGUAAUCAAGAAAUUGAAUAAAUUAUAAUGAUUUAAUAUUAAAA